AUGGCCCCCAAACCCGCGUCUACUGCCGGCAAGGCCCCCGCCUCGACUGCGACGGCCUCGAAGGCGCCUGCGAAGACGACCGAGGGCUCCAAGGCCGCGAAGAAGACGAGCAAGGCGGCCGAGGGCGGCGAGAAGGACAAGAAGCGCAGAAAGGUCCGCAAGGAGACGUACUCGUCGUACAUCUACAAGGUCCUCAAGCAGGUCCACCCCGAUACGGGUAUCUCGAACAAGGCGAUGGCCAUCCUCAACUCGUUUGUCAACGAUAUCUUUGAGCGUAUCGCCACCGAGGCGUCCAAGCUCGCGUCGUACUCGAAGAAGUCGACCAUCUCAUCACGGGAGAUCCAAACAGCCGUCCGCCUCAUCCUACCCGGCGAACUCGCCAAGCACGCUAUCUCUGAGGGUACCAAGUCGGUGACGAAGUUCUCGAGCGCGGGUGCCAAGUAG